AGCGCGGGACUUGAGAGACAAAAAUUUGAGAUCAAGAAAUUCGCAAACAUCCUCAAAAUAUCCAAAAUAUCAUUGACUUCCAAUCUUCAUUAUGAGUGAAUUGGGAGUUAUUAGAAAAUUGGAUGAAGUUGUCAUCAACAGGAUUGCCGCUGGAGAGGUAAUCCAGCGUCCCUCAAACGCCCUGAAAGAAAUGAUGGAAAAUAGCUUAGAUGCCAAGGCUACCAGCGUUCAGGUUGUCGUUAAAGACGGUGGAAUCAAGAGUCUGCAAAUUUUGGACAAUGGCACCGGCAUUAGGCUCAAAGACAUGGACAUUAUCUGCGAGAGAUUCACCACUAGCAAACUAAAGAAAUUUGAAGAUCUGGCCACAGUAGGAACGUAUGGCUUUCGUGGAGAGGCUCUUGCCAGCAUCAGCCAUGUAGCUCACGUCACAAUCACCACAAAAACAGCAGAUGCCAAGUGUGCUUACAGGGCUACGUAUGUUGAUGGAAAAAUCCAAGGACAGCCCAAACCAUGUGCUGCAAACCAGGGUACAAAAAUCCUAGUCGAAGAUCUCUUUUACAACUGUAAAACUAGAAGAGAGGCAUUGAAGCCAAAUGAGGAGUUCAGCAGAAUCUGCGAUCUUGUUGGAAAAUACUCAAUCCAAAAUUCCCUGACAGCUUUCAAUUUAAAAAAGUUGGGUGACAGCACAGCAGAAAUUAACACCCCAGUCAAAUCUAGCGCUAAAAAUAAUAUUCAACUCAUUUAUGGGUCUGAAAUUGCUAAAGAGCUGUUUGACUUGGGAUUUGAAGAUAAGGACCUCAACUUACAAGUAACAGGUCACGCAACCAACGGAAGGUACAAAGGCCCUCGUCUUGAAAUGAUCAUUUUCAUCAAUGGUCGGCUUGUCGAGUGCCCCAGCAUUAAGAAGCAGGUGGAGCUCGUGUACUCUGAAUACCUGCCUGCAAAAUCUUACCCUUUUGUCUACCUGAGCGUUGAGAUGCCCCAGCGUUUUGUUGAUGUCAACGUCCACCCCACCAAGGAGUCUGUCGAGUUCUUCAACGAAAGAGCCAUCAUUGAAAGGAUCGGGUCGGAGCUCAAGGAAAAGUUGAGCGCCAACCAUAAAUCCAAAAGCCAUGGAGUGGCCGUUGAAUCAAGCAAAUCUGUGCAGCCCAUGGUGAUUGAGCAGAAGCCUAACAAAGCGGCAAAUCCCAAAACUACCACAGGCCCAAAGAGAAACAGUGUCUCGCUUGACAGCGUGAAAGAACUGAGGAAACAAAUUGACGAGCAGCUGGAUCAAAAUGUUCAGGAGAUUUUCAGCACUCACUCUUACGUUGGAGGUGACUGGCAAAAAGGAGUGAUUUUUAUCCAGCACUCAACUAAACUGUGCAUGGUCCAGACGCAAGAAGUGUGUUCCGAGUUUUUCUACCAGCUGCUUAUCAAUCGCUUUGGGGACUUCGGCCAAUUAAGUUUCAAAGAACCUUUGGACUUGGCUUCGGCAGCUUUGGAAGCUCUUCAAUUGGAAGAGUGCGGUUGGGAAGAGAGUCACGGCCCAAAGGAAGAACUCGCCACCGCAAUAUCAGCAUUUCUCACGCAAAAACGAGCAAUGCUUGAGGAUUAUUUCAACAUUGUGAUCAACGAGGAAGGCAAAAUGCUGGCGUUUCCCUUGCUGCUGGAAAAUUAUGUCCCAGAUUUUGGAGAACUUCCCAUGCUGAUUGUGAGGCUUGCUACCGAUGUGGAAUGGGACGCAGAAAAGGAGUGCUUCAGUGGAGUGUGCCGAGAAGUUGCUUCAUUUUAUGCACACCCAGAACUCCGUUUGGACUCGACAAACGAAAAGGACCGUGAUGAUCAUGCAACAAAUGAAUUCAACACUGUAAUGGAAAACAGCGUUUUACGAGCAAUGAGAACCGAAUUUCUGCCACCCAAGUCCAUUUUGGAGAGACGCCUCUUGUUGCAGGUUGCGAGAGUGGAAGACUUGUAUCCAAUUUUUGAAAGAUGCUGA